GUGGUGUGGGGGGAGGAAAAAUGGUAAACUCAAGAAAAUCGUGCAGACUCAAAGGAGGGUGGUAGUCCGAUUCUCAAAUCAGUUCUGUGUGGUGCUGAUUGAUGGCUGAAAGCUGCAUGCUUCCUGAAGCAUUGUCUAACAGGCUUUUCGCAUCUCGGCAAGGUUGGCGUCCUACGGUCUAGUGAGUAUCUCAGUCUGAGUGCAGUAAUUGUGAAGGUUGUCAGCAGGUCCGGAAUCAAAGAGUAUGAACAUCACCGUUGAAAGUAUCCAAGUCAUAUCGGAGAGGCCAGCGCUCCGUGUUGUGUACUACAAGCGAUGUUUAGCAAUCCUCGUCGAAUGGUGUACUUAGCUGAAAAUUUCCAGAGAGCAAGAGAAGUUCCAGAGAUCAACUCAUCUUCUACGCUUCUUGUUCUUAAUGUUGUUUCGCUUGUCGAUCUCCUGCUGCUCUUGUCGCUCUUUCUCCUGCUCUUCGAUAGCCCUUUGGGCUUUAGCCUUCAACUCUUUAUCCUUUUUACAGCCUUUGCAGCGCCAUCCUUCUCUGUCCCUAUAGGCACAGGUGUGAAGCAGGCAAGGGAUCAAGUGUGCCUUGCAGUGGUGGAACGGGUCAUCGACGAAUCGACAGUUACCAGACUUGCCAUACCACUGGGGGCAAUGAUGAUUAAAGCGUGCAAACUUUGGCUUCUUCUGGUUGUUUUUGGACAU